AUUUUCCCAGUUUGGACAUACUCCUACCUUGCACUCCUUUUGCCAGUCCUCCUGGUUACAGACUACGUGCGCUACAAGCCCAUCCUCCUCCUCCAGGGCAUCAGCUUCAUCAUCACGUGGCUCCUGCUCCUCUUCGCACAUGGAGUGGUGGCCAUGCAGGCGGUGGAAUUUUUCUACGGCAUGGCCACGGCCACCGAGGUUGCCUAUUACGCCUACAUCUACAGCGUCGUCAGCACCGAUCACUAUCAGAAAGUGACGAGCUAUUGCAGAAGUAUCGCUCUUGUUGCGGUCACUGUUGCCGCUGUGCUGGGACAGCUGCUGGUUUCCUUAGCAGAUGUAUCCUACUUUCACCUGAAUGCCAUUACCUUGGCUUCCGUGUCCCUG